GUCAAUCACGCCUCGCUCUGAUUGGCUGGAGCUGUUAUUCCGCCUAAAUGAGCUGCGCGCUGAUUGGCUGCGGCGGCGCCUACGUCACGGGGCUGAAGGGGGUUUUUACUGGAGGUUUCUUCCUGUCAGCGACACAUGUAGAACAAGCAGCUAACGGGACUCGGAGCAGCCACAGGACCGUCACUCCAACCGCCUCCCUCCUGCCUUUGCCUGCCUCCGUCCUUCUCUUUUUUUUUUUUUUUUUUUUUUUUCUCCGCUAUCCUCUUUUUUUUCUUUCUUGCCCAAACAGCGAACUUUCUCGGCUCUGAAGGGAAAUUACGGCAUGCGCAGUCCCCCAACUGCAAUGGACUCCUUUUGUUCGAGCGAAAUAAAAGCGGCGGCAGCAGCGAAACGGGGAGCAUCCAGUGGAAAUACUAUCUGAUAACUCCAUUUGCUGCGCGCAACCAGAAGAGCCGAGCGGAGGGGGAUCGCUGCCGCCGCCGGAGCUGGAGGCCGACGGAGCGCGGUAGUGCGUCCGCCUUCUACCUGCACUUUGUGGGACUGUUGCAGCUACCUGUCCGCCCGCCUGCUCCUCCGCCCCUGAAAGCCGUCAACUUUACAGCCAUUACACUCAAAAGAGACAAACGAGGGACGAUGGUGAAUCCCGGAGGCAGCAGCCAGCCACCGCCGGUGGGGACGGGCUCUCUGUCCUGGAAGCGGUGCGCCGGCUGCGGUGGCAAAAUCGCAGACCGUUUCCUCCUUUACACCAUGGACAGCUACUGGCACAGCCGAUGCCUCAAGUGCUCCUGCUGCCAGGCCCAGCUGGGCGAAAUCGGCACGUCAUGCUUCACAAAAAGCGGCAUGAUCCUGUGCAGAACCGAUUACAUCAGAUUAUUCGGAAACAGUGGAGCUUGCAGCGCUUGCGGUCAGUCGAUUCCAGCCAGCGAACUGGUGAUGAGGGCGCAGGGCAACGUGUACCAUCUCAAGUGUUUCACAUGUUCCACCUGCCGGAACCGGCUCGUCCCCGGAGAUCGGUUCCACUACAUCAACGGCAGCCUGUUCUGCGAACACGACAGACCCACAGCGCUCAUCAACGGCCAUUUGAGUUCACUGCAAACGAACCCACUACUGCCCGACCAGAAGGUGUGUUAGGCGGGAGCCGCGCAGGAAGCAGGAUGUGUGCCUUCAUUUUAGCCCUUACUCAUUGUCACCUGAGACAGCGUGGAUCAGCAGCACCCCCGGCCUUUUUAUGUGCUCCCAGGCCCUUUCGCCCUAAAGGAAUCCUCUACCCAUCUCCCCCAGUAACCUGACUUUUAUUUCUGCAACCCAUACCCGACGCUCAGCCUCCAAACCUUGGCUUUUCCCCACAUAAGGGUGGAUACUUGCACUUAACGCACCUGAUUCGGGACGCUGAGGACUCCGUGACCUUGGGAUAAAACAUGUAAAAAAAGAAAAAAAAAAAAUGCUAAAAAGAGGAGACGGAUCAGAAUCCAAGGGGACUCUUCAGGAAGAGAAAAUUAAAUAACACGCUGAGAGGAUGUUGUGACUGAAGCGAAGGAAAGGAGAGACUUAAUGAGGUUUUAGAGAUGCAGGCUUUUCAACUCUGCACAUUUGUUUAAAGACAUUUUGGGGGAAAACCGGGACCUUUUCAUUUUUCCUCUCUUCCUUUUCUAUCCUCAUUUCCCAGCAACAUGGUGUUUCCACUUUCUAUACUUUUAAGUGUUGUCAAGGGGAAUGUGUUUUUUUUUUUUUUCUUUUUCUCUUUCUCUUUUUUGGUGGUAUAUAUAUAAAUAUAUAUAUAAAGAUAGGGUUUUAAAAAAUAAAAAAAAUCUGUGGCAUUUUGUGGAAAACAAAUCAUGAACACUCUCUUGGUGUAUUUGUAAAACUACCAUGUAUGUACAGUUUGCAUGUAAAUGUCGUUGUCCAGGCGUGGCUACAGUACAUCCAACCCCCUCCGCACUCAGCUCCUCCCUUUGAAACUCCCCCCACGGCAAACUGAAGAAACCUGCUCAUAGUCAGUAAUGUAGAGAUCAUCACCAACAUAUAAAAUGCUGAAUGAAAGAGAAAUUUAUUUGUGAUAUUUUCCGAGACAUUUGCUCCAGUAUGGUGUAUUUAAUUAAUAAAAAUAUUGAAGAUUUAAAA